AUGGAGAAGUCCCCGAAGGUGGGCAACAUGACCAGAGUCCAGGAGUUUGUCUUGCUGGGCUUGUCCACAAGGUUGGACAUAAGGGAUGUCCUAUUUGUCGUCUUCCUGGCCCUCUACCUGCUGACCCUCCUGGAGAACACGCUCAUCAUCUUCCUCAUCUGCCGUCACACCGACCUCCACAAGCCCAUGUACUUCUUCCUGGGCAACAUGAGCUCCCUGGAGAUGUGCUACAUGUCAGUGACCAUGCCCAGCCUGCUUGUGGGGCUGUGGACGGGACCCUUUCACAUCUCCUUCACAGCCUGCAUGACCCAGCUCUUCUUCUUCAUCUCUCUCAUCUGCACGGAGUGCACCCUCCUGGCCUCCAUGGCCUAUGACCGCUAUGUGGCCAUCUGCUGCCCACUCCACUACCCACUGCUCAUGAGGCCCCAGGUCUGCCUGAACUUGGCCAUGGCCUCAUGGAUUGGUGGGUUACUGGUCUCAGUGGCCAAGACAACAUGCAUCGCCAGCCUGUCCUACUGUGGCCCCAAUGUCCUCAACCAAUUUUUCUGUGAUGUCUCCCCUCUGCUCAACCUGUCCUGCACACACGUGGCCCUAACGGAGCUGGUGGACUUCAUCUCUGCCAUCGUCAUCCUCUGGGGUUCCCUCUUGGUGGCCAUAGCCUCCUAUGUGGCCAUUGGGAGGGCGGUGCUCCGCAUGCCUUCAGCUGCCGCCCGCGGCAAGGCCUUCUCCACCUGCGCGUCCCACCUGGUGGUGGUGGGCAUCUUCUACUCAGCGGCCCUCUUCAUCUACUGCCGUCCCAGCCGCAUCGAAGCCAUGGACCUCAACAAGGUUCUCUCCGUCAUCUACACGGUGGCCACGCCCCUAUGCAACCCCGUCAUCUACUGCCUGCAGAACAAGGAGGUCCAGGCAGCGCUGCAGAAAAUGCUCCGCUGGCGCUGA